AUGGCCGGGCAAGGCACCUUUGCAAGCGUCAACAGCCUUGGACUGAAGUUGCUACAGCUAUUAUGCGACAAGGAGACUCCAGACGGAGGGAUUGCAGUCUCUCCUGCAUCGCUAGGUAUCGCUAUGGCAAUGUUAGCAGGCGCUGCUAUACCAUCAGAGAGCGAGAAGAUGUGCAGUGCGCUGGGCGUGGAUGAGCCAGAAGCGCUUGAUGCCCUAUACCAUAGCCUCAAGAGAUGCAAAGACACCACCGCCGCAGCGAAUGCUAUAUUCGCGGAGAAGGGAAUAACGCUGCACGACGAAUACACCAGCUUUCUCCAACGAUUCGCGGUCAUGACGAAUAUGGAGUUCCCACGCUUGGUCGACGGGCUCGAGACUAUCAACGGCUGGAUCUCCGACAACACGAUGGGCAUGAUCCAGGAUAUGAUCAGCAAGGACAGCAUUGCUCUAUCACAUAUCGUCCUUGUCAACGCAUUAUCAUACAAGGGCACAUGGAAGGAACAGUUUGAUCCGAAAAACACUGCCUCCGAAUAUCCAUUCCGGGUCACGGAGUCAGAGACUCGUCCGGUUGACAUGAUGUUUCGCUUCAGGGAGAACAUCCUAGUCUACGAGGCAGUCAACUAUACAGCAGUACAGCUACAGUAUGAGGCCGAAAGUCCAGCAGCAGCAACGUCAUUUAUAGCUUACUUGCCGCGUCCAAACUCGUCCAUGCAAGAAGUUUUAUCCUCUAUCCCUCCCCUCCAGGGACAAACUCGAUUCAUCUCAAAGAAGAUCGAUAGGUUUGGGUUCCCGAAGGUCGAAAUGUCCUCUGGCAUGGAUGUAUUUCCUCUCUUCAAGCAGAUCGGGUUCCAUAUCCCGCGCGAUUUCCCGAAGAUGGGUGCGGGUAGGAAUAUUCUUCAGAGCAUCCUCCAUAAUACAGCCGUCUCGAUUGACGAACAUGGGACGCGGGCGGCUGCAUGCACUGCCGCUUUGAUGACGAGGUGUGCGGCAGGGCCACCGACCGUUCUUAUCUAUAAUAGACCUUUUAUCUUCUCUAUUGUGGCGGAUGUUACAGGUGCAGCACUGUUUACAGGCGUGUUCUCUCCUAAGAGCUAA